AGGUGAUUUCCAUGGGCAACACCCUUCACCGUGGCGGCUUCUGGCAUAUCGCGGCGUCUCAUGUAUGUUUGCUUAGAUUUUUGGACUUCAUAUAUAAAUCUCACUGGCCAAGACAGACACAUUCUGCCUGGAAAUUUGAAGAAAUUUACUCUUGCAGGAUUAACAGGCACCGAUUUCAUUUGCGAAUACUAACAUACGCAUCGUCUUGAUACAGUAUAUCACUACCCCAACAGCAGAGCCAAGAUGUAUCUACCCACGUUUAUCGCGACGGCACUCAGUGUCUCAGGCUUGGUAGCAGCAGUCCAACUACCCAAUAUUGACGGGACUUUUAUGAAGCGUGAGGUCCAGCACCCCAACGGCAGCACAGUCGACGUAUACCUUCGAGAUUCAUUCCGCCACGCCAACGACAAGCGCUUCUACAAGACCUUCCACAACGACACGGAGUACACUCAUACUGAGAUAUGCUUCGAGACUAAUUUCGUUCCGACCACGACUGCGGACUCGGCACUCUGCGACGACUGCUCGGCCAUCGAGACAGAGUUGAAGGAAAAUUCCGGCUUCUUCGAAACGGGCGAUUAUAGCGGCACCAACCUCAACCUCCUUGCCGUAUGUGGGACCUGCGCGUUUGGGGUGAAGCGCCUCGAUGGGUCAAGCGCGCGAGUCGACAUUGGCAGUAAAGACGUCGUGGACAAUUUCGACUCGGCUAUCAUCAGAUUUGCUCGCGGAGGCCAUGUAGGCGUUACUGGCAACUUUACGUGCCAGUCGGCCCCUAUCAACUGGGCAAUAGUGAGAGCACCUUGAUCGUGCAUCGAGCCGAGCCCACUAUCACGGAUGGGUGAUCUGGGAAAAGCCUAGUCGCGACGGCAUAUGUCGUCAGAUAGGUAUUUGGUUUUUAGUCGAUUUUAUUCCUAGUUAAUAGACAUCUAAUUAUGAUGGCUUCUUGUUUUGCACCUCCCUAGGGUUGUAUCUUCAAAUAGAAUGGACAUGGUAAAUGGCGACAUGUAUACCUCAUAUAGAGACACGGA